AUGGGUCCUCCAUUAACUCCAAAGGUUAAGAAGAAGGACUAUACUCCUUCAUCAGAUUUAAAUUGGGGGAAAAGUCACAUUAGUAUCGCGAAUUCUUCUUCCGUCCACAAGUCUGCGGGUAGCUCAAAAAUGUCAUUUGAGGAGGAUUCCAGGAUCGUAGUUGCUCUUACGGAGGGCAGAGGAGAAGCUAGGUGCGAAGUGGGGAUAGCCGCCAUAAACGUAUCGAAACCACUGUUAAUACUUUGUCAGAUAUCCGACACCCAAAGCUACAUAAAUACACUCACGAAAAUUAAUAUUUUCAAUCCGCAAGAGAUUCUAGUACCGCUCACGUUCGUGGAGAGCUUCUCCGGGAAUCGACUGAUAGACAAAGUAAAGGAACAUUUUCCGAGGAUUAAAUAUACCGGGUGUCCCAGAAACACGUUCAACAAGGCCAGUGGGAUGGACAUAUUGACCAAUCUUUGUAUUCCCAGUUUAAACCCGAUUUUGUUGGUUCUGCAGCAUAGAUAUUAUGCUCUGGCUGCUGCAUCCGCCUUGGUCACUUAUGUCCAGGACAACUUAUUUGUUUAUUAUGCGCCUGCCUCUAUUAAGAUUGACUACCAGGAGUCGGAAGGGUAUGCGAUAAUAGACGUAUCUACUGCAGACAGAUUGGAACUCGUCUGCAGCACCAAGCCCGCCCAGGGCAACAAGUACUCGAGCCUCUUCGGUGUUCUGAACCACUGUCUCACCAAAAUCGGGUCCAGAACCCUGCGUUCUUCGAUUCUACAACCGCCUUGUAGGAUUGCGUACAUCGAGGAACGUCAGAACGCUGUCGCAGAACUGAUAAGGCAUCCUAAAAUGUUGCUCUCCAUCCAGGCUCUCCUUCAAAAAGUCUCGAACAUCGACAUGCUGCUGAGCGUGGGCACGCUGGUCACCGACGACUCCCAGAAGUGUUCCAACCGCCACCUGAACUACAUCCUCCUCCUGAACAUCCUAGUCGACCUCAUAGCGCCCCUGAAGGAAGUGCUCUCGAAAUCGAGCCACCCCUUCUUCGUCCAGCUGGCGGGGACCCUGUCCAGCGAGGAGUUCGCGGCCAUCAAGAGUAUCGUUAGGAACACCAUCCAGGAGAACGCGUACCCCGCCAAAGGCGAAGCGGGGAUGUUUCAGAGAUGCUUCGCCAUCAAGCCCGGCAUCAACGGCCUGCUGGACCUGGUGCGGAAGACGUAUUCGGAGAGGCUGGGCGAUAUGAGGGAAUACGUAAAAAAAUUAGCAGAAAAAUACGACUUAGCGUUAACGCUAGGGAACAACCAGACAAAGGGUCACCACAUGGUCCUCAGUUUGAACCAAAAGCAAAAGAGGUACAUGAAGAAAUCGGACUUGCCGGAAGAAUUCAUUGAGGUGUACCGCCUAGCAGGCAGCUUCACCAUGAAAACGCCAGAACUCGUCAAUCUAUCUACCAGACUGGACGACAUUAUGGCCGACAUACUGAGGAUCAGCAACGUCAUGGUGCACUCUAUAAUCGUAGACAUAAGGACAUACGUAACCCUGUUCUACAAGCUUUGCGAAGAGAUCGCGUACCUGGACCUGCUGCAGUCCCUGGCGGAGUGCAGCGUGAGGAACGGGUACGUGAGGCCGAAAUUCGGGGACUUCACCGAGGUUACCUUCGCCCGCCACCCCCUGCUGGAUUUUCUGCUGUCCACCAAGCCGAUUCCGAAUUAUAUAAGUUGCUCCAGCGACUACAACCUCCACAUCAUAACGGGUCCGAACGGUUCGGGCAAGAGUAUAUUCAUCCGGCAGGUGGUGCUGCUGCAGGUCAUGGCCCAGGUGGGGUGUUCCGUGCCCGCGCAGACGGCCAUUUUCCGGCCGGCGGACCGGAUGUACGCCAGGAUCUACCUGGAGGACAACAUGGAGUACGGCGCCUCCACCUUCAUCUUGGAGAUGAAAGAGCUAAAGUACAUCAUGAUGACGAUGACAGAGAAUUCGUUGGUGAUAAUAGACGAAAUCUGCCGUUCUACAUCUCUAGAAGAGGGCACGGCUCUCGCAAUAGCGAUUGUAGAAAAACUAGCACAAUCCUCAGCAUUUAUAUACGUCACCACGCAUUUCACGCUGCUGACAAAGCUCUACGAUAUGUACCUGAACGUAAAAGUUUGGCACUUGGAGACCAUUCCUUCAGGGGAAGAUCCUAAAACCUUCAAAUUGGACUUUAAACACAACCUGAUACCUGGCGUGACAAAUGUUAAACGCUAUGGCGUCUACAUCGUGCGCAACAUUUGGCCUAACAGUAUCCUCAGAUAUGUCGACGCUCUGUUGGACAAGAUCUCGAAAAAACCAAAGGACCCGAAAAUUGUUGCCCUAGAUGAAAAAGUUCGCCUCAAAUACAAGAUCGAAUCCCAGUUCCGAAAGCUGAAGUCCCAACGUAAACUAACCAUUUCAGAAGUAAAUAAACUGUUGAAUCAAUACCAGAACGAGAUGGGAAAGCUCGAUUUCCACAUCAACGUGGUACCUCUACGGUCAAACUUCACAGGGAACGCCGUACAACAAUUGCCAAUGAUUGAACAUUCCGUCUUUGGUGAUAUACGAGAAGAUCUACGAAUGUCGAAUGCUAUGAGACAGCAAUUCACUCCAGAACCUUCUUUGUCCAGUCAAACGUCUGUCUUAGGAACACAAAGGGCAGUGGAGAGGAUGCAGGCGGUAUUCACACCAGAACCGUCGCAACAGAUCCAUUACACAAACUGUAUGGAGCAAAGCUGUCCCAACCUAAACUUCUACCGUACAAAUGACUUCAACGACGGCGUUUACGAAGGAUACCAGAACCAUUCCAACAUAGACGACGUUAAUUACGAAAAUAUGUCCAGGUUCAUAGCAGAAAAUUCAGAGAACUUCCACAAAUUGAUCCCAGAAAUCCAUUUAAGUUGUUCGGAGACACCAAAGCUACCAGAAGAAAACUCGAACCGAUCACCAAGUUUAGGAGACAUGAACGACAUCCGGUUUUCCUUGCCUCUUCAAAACAACGCCACCAAAACCUCAACUCCCAUCGUACGUAGAGCGCCUUUGUUGUUGAGGAGCGCUUCGCCGUUGGUACACAUCUACGGAAACGACAGACGAAACUUCUCGACAUCUUCGAACACCAACGACAGCCGCAAGAACCUCAGUACGUUUAUCCCAGAGCAAAUCGCACUGGAAGGUUACGAUCUGGAAUCCAUCCAGGACGAUUUGGAGGCCUGCAGUCGGAUUUUUGGAGAGGAAGACGACGGUUUCGAGGAGGAGGUCCUAAAUACGACUUACAAGUCGAUAUCUACUAGCUGCAGUGAGACCAAAGAGAAAAUUGGACAGGUGCCGCAGAAGGAAAAGUUUCCACACAUUGUGCCGGUUGUGGAAGUGGUGGAAGGACCAAAUAACACCACUCUGUCUUUCGGCGAGGAUAAUUUCAAGGACAUACCAGAAGAUAAUGGCGGUGUGAGCCAAAGGAAGGAUCCGGUCGCUCAAAGGAAGAUCAACGUCAUUUCUAAUAUCCUCAUAGCUCCAAGAGAACCAGUUUGUCUAAGGAAAGAAGAAGGGGACAUUUCCAAACAAGAAAAUAAACUAGCUGAGGUUUAUUGUAAUAACAACUGCUUCACAAAUGAUGGUGUUAACGAAAACCCCUUCAGGGAAGAAUUAGUGAGAGUCAAUCCAGAGAAACAGCAAACCGUUGGGAACUUGUACAAGACAUUUGACAGCACAUUCGACGCAGCUCACAGCGUCGAAGAUACGGUCCGAUCUCAACAAUUAAACGAAACAUUUAUGAGUUUCGUCGAAGAAAAUGAAGAUAUUUUAUAUUCGUGCGAGUCUAGCUUUGAAAUUGAACCGCAACCGGAAAGAUCCAACUGUCCCUCGAGCGGAUACGAGAUAUCCGCAAUAAAUGAUCCAAGCAAGUUCGUCACAUCACCAUCGGAUGAUAAAACCGCAACCAAGGAAAUCAGCGUGGAGAAAAACCAAGAAAAGUGUUUCCAAGUCGUAAAUGGACAAGAAAAAUUGAGUCCAAACAAAACAGAGCUGACCAGCAUAUCCCACGCGUCCAAACUGAGGAAACUGGACCAGAGCGGUUCCUCCGACUCCAGCCAGCACGAAGAAAGUGGUGACAAGAAAACGUUUUGCGAUAAAACCAUGACGAGUUUAUCGAGCGCUUCCAAAAAGAGGAACUUGGAUCAAGUAACCACUGAUUCGACAAGCGCCAAUGAGAAGUCGGAUAAUAAAACGAAAGAGUCGGAUAAAUCGGAGGAUUCCAGCAGCUUGAAGGAAAGCGACGAAGGCGGUAGAUCCGCCGCCAAAGCACCGAAAAGGAAAUUCUCCAAGCCAAGAAACGUAGAAGGGCAGAGUACCAGCACGGACGGCAAAAUUGUGAAGAAACGCACCGUUUACAAGAAAAAAUUCAAACCGCCCCUCAAGCUAAGCGCGAGGGAGAUCAGGGAAGAAUUCAAUGAGCAAGACAGAAGAAUGUUGGAAACCAGCCCCAACUCCUCCAACUUCUCGAAAUACCUGCAACAGCUCAUCAACAGACCCACAGUGCGCCAGAUCCAGAAGAGCACCCACGUGGCGACAAUCAGAAAAACCGAAGACGGCGUAGAGGUCAUCCCCGCGAAAUCUCCGGUGAAAAAAAGGAAGGCGUCGCCCUGGAGGAAUCAGUUCUUUAACAACAACUUCAACUUAACCAUAUUCAGCGACAAGAACGCCCUGCCGUUCGAGAGCUACCUGAAAUCCAACGAGAAGGACUACAACACCUUCAGCUUCAGCUUCAACAAGAACCAGGACGAGGGGGGCAGGUUCGAGUUCGCGCCUACGGUGUCCAACGUUGGCGAGUACACAAGCAACAGCGUCACCAAACGGUUUGCGAGGACCGCAUCGGAGACGACUUGUAGUAACCAGCAGCUGUCCGGGAACGUGGGGGAGAUCCAGAACAUUACAUUCCAGGUGUCGCAACGAGGAGAGAGUCAGACUUUGACGCCGGACGGGUUCUACAAGCAGAACAAGGACGAUAUUAAGAGGAUUGUCGAUAAGUACCUGCAGGGCAGUGCCGAGGAGGAGAAACCUGGAAAUACUGGCGGCAGGAGGAGGAGUAUCUUCGACACCAGCGACAUCGAUCUAGACGAUUUAAACAUAUGA